GAGGCGCGGGCCUGGGCGAGCUGGAAGGAGGGGCCGGCGCUUACGACUCGCGGGGACUGGUCUUCGGCAACUGGAGGCGGUCACUCGUGCUGGGCUAGGGGUUGAGGCGAGAAGGGCCAUGCGGACAGCCAGGGAGUCCACAGCCUGCAGUCCGGCGCUCCUCCCUCGCGCGGAGGCGGCUCAGCUCCCGCUGGACUAACCGCUGCCUUUGUUCCGAGCGUCUCAUCCCUCCGAUCGCCACAGCCCCUCACGCCGCCGCUCUGCGGCCGGCCCGCCUCCGGUCCCCGAAUCCUGCUUGGGCUCGUGCCGCGCGGAUGCGGCCGCCGAGCCUGGGUUUGGGCUUUGAGCCGGAGAAGCCGCUACGGCGCUGGAGGGCAUGCGAUGGGGAACUGCUGCUGGACGCAGUGCUUUGGGCUGCUCCGCAAGGAAGCGGGGAGGCUGCAACGAGUAGGAGGCGGCGGAGGAUCCAAGUAUUUUAGAACAUGCUCAAGAGGUGAGCACUUAACUAUAGAGUUUGAGAACCUAGUAGAAAGUGAUGAAGGGGAGAGCCCAGGAAGCAGUCAUAGGCCUCUUACUGAGGAAGAAAUUAUUGACCUAAGAGAGAGGCAUUAUGAUUCUAUUGCUGAAAAACAGAAAGAUCUUGAUAAGAAAAUUCAAAAUGAGUUAGCCUUACAAGAAGAGAAGUUAAGACUAGAAGAAGAAGCUUUAUACGCUGCACAGCGUGAAGCAGCCAGGGCAGCAAAGCAGCGAAAGCUCUUGGAGCAAGAGAGGCAGAGAAUUGUGCAACAAUAUCAUCCUUCCAACAAUGGAGAAUAUCAAAGUUCAGGACCAGAAGAUGACUUUGAAUCUUGUUUGAGAAAUGUAAAGUCACAGUAUGAAGUUUUUCGAAGUAGUAGACUGUCAUCAGAUGCCACAGUUUUGACACCAAAUACAGAAAGCAGUUGUGAUUUAAUGACCAAAACUAAAUCAACUAGUGGAAAUGACGACAGCACAUCCCUAGAUCUCGAGUGGGAAGACGAAGAAGAAAUUUCAGCUUAUCAGAUGGUCAAUGUUGCAUCAGAACUGCCCUGUGGUAUGAAUAGAAUGCUUCCAAUGAGAGAACGGUCCAAAACAGAGGAAGACAUUCUCCGGGCAGCACUUAAGUAUAGCAGCAAGAAGACUGGGAGUAAUCCUACAUCAGCCUCUGACGAUUCCAAUGGGCUGGAGUGGGAGAAUGACUUUGUUAGUGCCGAAAUGGAUGAUAAUGGCAAUUCCGAGUAUUCUGGAUUUGUCAAUCCUGUAUUAGAACUGUCCGAUUCUGGCAUAAGGCAAUUUGAUACAGAUCAACAGACUCGAUAGGGUAAAAUAGUGUGACCCUGUUUAUCAGUUACAGCCAAAUGUUAAAAACCAACUAGAAUGUAUAAAUGGUUAUGCUGAGCCUUUUUUUAAGGAAAAGGUAAGAAACCAUGUUGUAAAUGCUUAUUUCAUUAAAAAGGAGUAGAGAUGAUAGGAUAGAUCUGAAUUGCUUCAGAAUUAAGUGCAAUUUCAUCAUCUGCCUUCUGCUUUUCAAGACCAAUUUAAUGGCCCUCUCAUGACACCGGUUAAAUUUAUUUUAACACUUUUCUUUAAGCAUUCUUGUUUAUUAUUAUAGAUCUUCGCUUUAAAAAAAAUUUUAUUUUAUUGUGAAUGCUUUAUUAAGCCUAUGUCAUUAACUGUGAAAUAUAUUAAGACUUUUUUUGUUCAUUCUCAGCAGAUGUGAAGGGAGUGUGAGGAGGGAUCAUCAGAGUCAGAUUUAGAAUAGUGUUCCCUUUCUCUAGCUUAAUUUUUUUCUGUAAGUUCUUUGAAUUUUAUUAUCUAAUAGUAAGCACAAUUAAUUUGAAUGGAUGAUUCUAAGAAAUGCUAAAGUAUUGGCUUCUUUUUAUACUUAUUACAAAUCCUAGUAUGAUAAUGUUGAUUCAGUCGGAACAAAUGAUAAUAUAAAAAUAAACUUCCUGAGUUUGGACAUUUCAAGUUGGUAAUAAUCAUAAAUAAUAUUUAAGAAAAUAUUUAGGUUUUUGCUUAUUUUAUAUGCCAUUAUAUUGACUAAGUUAAUUGAUAUACAGUAUUAAGUUUCUAGGUACCAUUAUUUUUUUCUAAUUCUAUAUUUCCAAUGAAUGAUCUUAGAAAGAUUUUACACAGAACAUACUCUCUACAUGAUUUAAGAAAAGAAAAUCUAAAAAGGUAAUUACGGGUAUUUCAAAGUAAAUGAAAUCCUUUCUGGUAUGAAAGGCUCCAUUGAUUUUAUUAAGUUCUCUUUGCCUUGUAGUGCAAGGUGCUUUAAUGGGAUGAAACUAAGUAUAUCAAUAUAUAACUGCAUUUUGUGAUAGGCAAUUAGCUCUUCUUUUCUCUAAAGUUUACAUAUCAAUAUAAUAGGCCAGGGAUAUAAAACACUCCCUGCUGCUUUCCUUGGUUUUGCUGAGGACUGAGUAUGAUUUUAGUAAGCAAACUGUUUUGGGGUUUUCCUUAGUGUUUUUGUUUUUUUUCUUUUCCUUUUCUUGCAACAAUGACAGUGCAUGUUUUCAAAAAUAUAGGAAGGUCCAGAUAUAAAUAGUAACUUAAAUUUCCUGCUGUACUUAAAAAAAUCAUGUGGCCCUUUCAAUAUUUGAACUGCUAAGCAAUGACAUAUGUAAUUUUAUCUCCUUUUUAUCUCACAGAAUAAAUAUAAUACUUUAAAUAUGUAAAUAUAAUAUAUUAGGUAAUGCUAUUAUUUAUGUCUGUCUUAAAAUGAUUUAAGUUGUAGCUGUGUUGGUGGAAAUAUUUUAAAGGUAAUCUAUAUUCACAUUGCCUGCGUUACUGCUUUUUAAAGUUUGUAUACAUCAGAUGUAUAUUUUCAGUUUGGCAUAAGCUACUACUGUAAUUUUUCUUGGCUUUUUGUUCAUAAAAGAAUUUUUGGAAGGAAUGGUGAUUUCCCAAGGAUUGUGAAUAAACACAUUUUUACA